GCGCGCCAGUUCCCGGUUAUGUAGCAUCGCGAGAGGGAGAUUUUCCCUUUCCUGCGUGAUCUCGGCAAAAUGGCGGACGUGGAACAGAAGAAGAAGCGUACGUUUAAGAAGUACACCUACAGAGGUGUCGACCUCGACCAGCUCCUCGAUAUGUCAUAUGAGCAGCUCAUGCAGCUGUACUGUGCCCGUCAGAGGAGACGACUAAAUCGUGGUCUUCGCCGUAAACAGCAGUCUCUCUUGAAGCGUCUCCGCAAAGCCAAGAAAGAAGCUCCUCCAAUGGAGAAACCAGAAGUAGUAAAGACUCAUUUGCGAGACAUGGUCAUUCUCCCAGAGAUGGUGGGCAGCAUGGUUGGAGUGUACAAUGGCAAGACCUUCAACCAGGUGGAAAUCAAGCCUGAGAUGAUUGGUCAUUACCUGGGCGAGUUCUCCAUUACCUACAAACCAGUCAAGCACGGUCGUCCAGGUAUUGGUGCCACUCACUCCUCCCGCUUCAUCCCUCUGAAGUAAUUUUUUACCAACUCGUAUGUAAAUAAAGAUUUACACCCAGAA